AUGGUGCCGGCAGGGCGGAAGCACUCCUCGGGAAGGCCCGGGAAGGCCCUGGAGGGGCAGGCCGCGAGGGCCUUCGACUUCCAAAGGGAGGAGCGGAAAGGGCUGAGCUAUGUGGAGGAGGAUGCCUCGCAAGGGAAGAUUUCAAUAAUUGAGAAGCAUGGGAAGAAAAGGACUUCUGCUGGAAUAGUUGAAGAAAUGGGGGGUGAAGUGCAGACUAUGCUGGAAAGAUUUGGAGUUGACAUAAACAAGGCUCUUCUUGCUAAGAGAAAGAGACUUGAAUUGUAUACCAAGGCUUCUAUCAAAACCAGUAACCAGAAAAUUGAGCAAGUUUGGAAAACUCAACAAGAGCAAAGGCAGAAGCUUAGCCAAGACUUCUCUCAGCAGUUUCUGACCUUGUUUCAGCAAUGGGAUUUGGAUGUGCAGAAAGCUGAAGAACAAGAAGAAAAACUAGCUAAUAUAUUUCGACAGCAACAGAAGAUUUUUCAGCAAUCUAGAGUUGUUCAGAGCCAAAGACUGAAAACAAUUAGACAAUUAUAUGAGCAGUUCAUGAAGAGUAUGGAGGAGUUAGAGAAGAAUCAUGAGAAUCUACUUACUGGUGCACAAAAUGAACUUAGAAAAGAAAUGGCUAUGUUGCAAAAAAAAAUUAUGAUGGAAACUCAGCAGCAAGAGAUGGCAAGUGUUCGAAAAUCUCUUCAAUCCAUGUUAUUCUGAUGACUCUUUGAAGGAAGAACUUGAACCUAAGUAAUAUAAUUAUAACAUUAGCUAAGAUGCAUAUAAGUCUUUAGAUGGUUUAAAAAUUCAAGUUUAAAUUGCAUACUGUUACUAGCUUUAGUAUAGACUUGUUAAUUUCAGAUAAAACCUUAGUGAUUAGCAACAAUUCCUGAAUAACCUGUGUACCAGACUUUAAGCUUUUUAUAGUAACUGAGUCUUUCUAACAUUUAUUACUUAGAUUUCAAUAAAAAAUGUUUCAAGUUUUAGUUUCUGUGCAUCAGUUCCAAAAGGUAGAAACCACAAAAACAGGCUAUAUUGUUCCAAAAAAAAGUCGAGUUUAUGUGUAUAUAUCCUUUCACGAUAUACUAUUAAUUGUAAUGAAAAUAAGAUUUUAUUAAAAGCAAGUUAAGCUUGUUUUAGAGGAAAUUAAACUGCUAAUUGCCAUUAAGAUACAUGAAUAUCAGUUUUAAGACAUGAAUGGCCCACAAUUAAAUGACAUUCUUUUAAAUGAUUGAAAGUAUAUCAUUAACAUACCUAAACAUAGCUAAUUAUAUUUUAAGUGCUUCACAUUCAUAUGUCUUUAAAGGUACCUGACCUAGAAUGUUUGUCAUUUCCAACUUAGUUACUAAUUCUUACACCUUUUAAAGUGUACAUUUUUUGAAACAUGGUAUUGAAACACUUGAUUUAAUUAUUUCAGCAUUUUUAGUAAGUCAGACUUUACAAUAUUUUCAUGUAAGUAUUUAAGAAAUACCAGCUCUUUUCUUGCUUAAAAUAGACAUAGGACAUGUACAGUAGAUAAGACCAGAGUCUAAGGAUUUGGAUCAUUAAGCUUAUGGUAGUUAAGAGUCAAUACAGUAUAUGAUAUACUUAGUAGGGGAAUAACUGAUACUUAGUUUUCAUUCCCUUUUUGCUUCAUAUAAAAAUUUAUUCUACAUACUUGAAAUAACUUUUACUUGAUUAUUCUGAAGGGAUGAUAUUUUUGCCAUAUUUUUUAUAUGGUUGAUUUUCUUAUCUUGAAUAUCUCCUUUUGUGACAAUGAAAUUUUAACAGAUUUUCAAGAACAGGUUACCCUCACUAUAAAGAUUCAUUUGGUUGUUUCUUGAACUGCUAAGAUAAAUUCCUUUUAGUAAAUUGCUAAAUCAAGUAUUUCCUUGUAUAAUGUACCUUUUUUAAAAAAAUGGGUUAUCACUUAAUAUGUAGCAAUUUAA